UGUUGAGUGUAAACAAGAGUUUACCAUCACAACUCCGGAUUGAUUUAGUUAUGUAAAUAUAGGUUAAGCCACACAUCGUCCAGGCUAUGAUGAAUGUGUGGACCACCUGCAGCAAUGGCCUGGUUGAUUAGGCAAGCACCAGACAACCUGACCUGAGGAGUUUAGCAUAGGAUGCCUCAGGAUGGAUUGGGGAGCAAGUCGGGUGGGAAAAAACGGUCUGGUGGUGUCCCCCGUGUCCGAAGUCACACUGAUGCUGAGCUCCAGUAUUACCGUGACCAAGACCAUGACAACAUCCUUCCCCCUUCCUUUAAAGUACGUCUUCAUGAUCUUUUCAUGCAAAUAGAAAAGGAAUUUGAAGGUCUUUAUGCAGAAAAUUUAUCACUACAGGAUAAGAUAGACAGCCUAACUGAGAGACUAGAAAGAGAAUCAGUCAUUGGGGAACGUCCUGGUGGUAAUGAUGAAAAUGAUGGAGCAUCCACUAAAGGUGGACUCAAGAAUAAAUCUGGAGGGCAGAGUUCACAGAAAGUGAAGGCAGCCAAUAAACUACGUGUGCAGACCUCCAAAAUAGUCUCCAGUUUUAAGAAUGAUACAGUGUCAUGCCGUAUGGUGCGGGAGUACGUUGGCCACCGAGAUGGAGUGUGGGACGUAUCAGUAUCUCGAGUUGGCACUCCAGUUAUUGCUACUGCUUCAGCUGAUCAGACAGCAUGUGUUUGGGGUAUUGAUGGAGGGCGGAACUUACUGCAGUACACAGGCCACUCAGGAUCAGUCAACUCUGUCAAAUUUCAUCCAUCACAAGACUUGAUUCUUACAGCAAGUGGUGACCACACAGCUCAUGUAUGGCAAGCUGCCAUCACUCCUGACCAGCUACGUGUGCAUUCUUCAGAGGAUGAAGUUGAUGGCAGCGAUCACGAAGAUGAAGAAGAUGGAGGCCUUUUGGGUGGUCGAGGUGAUGGAGUAUUAGCAGCUACACUGCGGACAGCUCUAAGGGAAUUAAUGGGGCAUAAUAGUGUUGUUAUUGCAGCAGACUGGCUGCCAGGUGGAGAUCAAGCUAUUACUGCUUCAUGGGACAGAACAGCUAACCUUUAUGAUACACACACUGGUGAACUGCUGUCUCAGUUGAUUGGCCAUGACCAGGAAUUGACUCACUGCUGCUCACACCCCACUCAACGCCUUGUAGUGACCGCUAGUAAAGAUACAACUUUCCGAUUGUGGGACUUCCGUGAUCCAAUACACUCUGUAUCAGUCUUCCAGGGGCACACAGAGAGUGUAACCUCAGUUUGCUUUACAAGAGAAGAUAAAGUAGUAUCUGGCUCUGAUGAUCGCAGUGUAAAGGUUUGGGAUGUGAAGAACAUGCGUUCUCCAUUGGCAACAAUUCGGCUUGACUCUCCAGUAAAUCGCCUGGCUGUCUCGCCAACCAAUGUCAUUGCUAUUCCCCAUGAUAACCGUCACGUGCGUCUGUAUGAUCUAACAGGAAAUCGCCUCGCUAGAUUACCACGAAGUAAUAGACAGUGUCAUCGGCGCAUGGUGUGCAGUGUGGCUUGGGGUGACGACUCGCUAGGAGCACGCUGCAAUCUCUUCACAGCUGGUUUUGACCGCAUUGUAUAUGGUUGGUCCAUACACUCCUUUAAAGAAGGCAAGGACUGAAUACUGAAAGUCCUUAUAACUUAGAGGUUGCCUCUGUAUUGGUUCAUAUUAGCUUACCUCUUGAUACAUUCUUCAUCACCUUUAUGCUGAGUUCACAGGGCUACACUGGCAGGCUUAAUAUGAUCUUCAGGUAAUUACCAUAGGAGGUUUCAUAUGAGGGUAAGUCCUCUUGAUACUUUUAAUAAAGCUUUUGAAUAAUUAUAAUGUACUCUAAUAGUUAGUGUGCUCUUAAUAUAACUGCAUAUGUCUGUGUUCAAGAGUUGCACAAGAAUUAUAAAAAUGUGAUCUCAUAGAGUAUAUUAAUUUCAUUGUUCAUGUUCAUUUUGAACAGAACCCAUUGUAUUUUCUUUAUCCGUAUCACAUUCAUAAACUACAAUAUAUUUAUUGUACAGUACAGUAUUUUUAUUGUACAAUAUUUUUGUCUAGGUUUAAAGCUUGUUAAAUAUGUGCAAGUGUUAGGAUCUAAUAAAAUUUGAAAUGAACAAUUAGGGCUAUAAAUUGCCUCUAAAGGCAAUGUCAUAUUGUCACUCUCUCUACUAUACUAUAGUUAGAAUAUCAGUACUAUGUUAGGCCAGUAGUACACUGUAUAUGAGUGCCCCAGAAGAUCAGAUGAAGUAGAAAUGAAUAAUACUAAUAUAUAAUACUGGUCAACCCAUCCUUAUAAUCACUGUCCUGAGAGUUGCAUAUUGACAUAUAAUGAUGACAUUUAUUGCUUGUUUUUGGCACCUUAGCAUAACUAUUGCAGAUUUUUUGUUCAAAUUGUAGUAUUGUAUUUUUUGAAGUUUUUAACAUUUGUGGUGGAGUCUUGAUCCUUCAUCUCCUAAUUGUGACUUAGUCUCUGAUCUGUGUAUUUAGGAUUGCUACUUGAGACUUUUUUUUUUUUAACUUUCAUUAAUUGCUAACUUUGAGGACAGGCUGUACUGGCGCCAGGAGAAAAUUACCCUUCUGUAAAGCAUUAGGAAAGUUACUACAGAAAAUAUAGUCAAAAUAAGCUUGAGUAAUCUGAAGCCCAGCACAGUAUCUACUGUGCAGUAUUACCAAGAUUAUCUGUUGUACAAACUGUUAUUUAUUUUUAUUUAUUUCAAUAGAAAUGCUUUACUGGAUUAAAUUUUUUGCAAACCAGCCUCUCCCACAGAGUUUGGGUGACCUGAAAAAGAGUAACACUUUCACUGUCACUCUAUCAAUGUCUUGGCAGAAACAUGCCAACAUUACACCUUGGAUGCUCCUCUGUCUUGCAAUAUCCCAACCCCUCCCUCAUAGUGCAGGCAUUGUACUUCCCAUCUCCAGGACUAAAGUAGAUAUUAGUGCAUUCAAUUAUGCUGAAGCUAGCAGUCAUUUCUUCAACUCAAAUCUCAUAAGAAAUUAUGUUCAUUAUUUAAACUAUCUAGAAGAGAUGUUUUUGUUUUGCAUUUAGCUAGGUGUAUAGGAAUUCAUGUUUUGUGUGUGCAUGUCAUUCUCUAUUUGAGUUUGGAGUCAGCCUUUACUGUUUCAUGAGCUGACCCACUUCAUGUAUUUUCUGCUCUUUGUAAAACUGCUUUUUAAUGUCUGUGGUUCAUCUCAGCUUUACUUUGUAUCCCUCCCUACUUGCCUGUACUCAUUUAUUUGUAUUCACAGGGAUUGAUAUCCCUAUGCUCCAUUGGCUUUCUCAUUCAGCUUUAAACUCAUGGAUGGGGGUUAUUAUUCAAUUAAGUUUUCCACCUCUAAUUUUUUUCUCAUUUCUUUUCAGUAUACUAUUUUGAUUUUUAGCUUACAUCAGUUUUUCCUUUUUUUGUCUUCACAACUUUAAAAUAAUAUUUCUGUUAAUCUUUUCAGUACUAAUUCAUUCCCUUGUAUUUUGCCACCUUUUUAUUUACCAUCCCAGAUUUACCAUUUAGUAUGAUUCUUUCUUCUUUCAACACACCGGCAGUAUCCCACCGAGGCGGGGUGGCCCAAAAGGAAAAACGAAAGUUUCUCCUUUUACAUUUAGUAAUAUAUACAGGAGAAGGGGUUACUAGCCCCUUGCUCCCGGCAUUUUAGUCUCCUCUUACAACACGCAUGGCUUACGGAGGAAGAAUUCUGUUCCACUUCCCCUUGGAGGUAAGAGGAAAUAAACAAGAAUAGGAACUAGUAAGAAAAUAGAAGAAAACCCAGUGGGGUGUGUGUAUAUAUAUGCUUGUACAUGUAUGUGUAGUGUGACCUAAGUGUAAGUAGAAGUAGCAAGAUGUACCUGAAACCUUGCAUGUUUAUGAGACAGAAAAAUAGACACCAGCAAUCCUACCAUCAUGUAAAACAAUUACAGGCUUUCGUUUUACACUCACUUGGCAGGACGGUAGUACCUCCCUGGGCGGUUGCUGUCUACCAACCUACUACCUAGGAUCUAUCUGUCUAUAUAUAUAUAUAUAUAUAUAUAUAUAUACACCUACCAUCCGACUUACGACAGAGUUCGGUUCCGAGAAACUGGUCGUAAGUCAAAAUGGUCGCAAGUCGAACUUUACUACUGAAUAUCAACAAAACAUUUUUGUAAUGACUUUAUAUUAUUGUUUUAUUUGGGUAUUUCAUGUUUUACUUUACUUUUUAUGUUGUUAGUACUGUAUUUUAUACUGUAAGGUUUAGGAUAAACACUGUGUACAACACAAAUAGUUGUUUAUUUCCCAGAAAUUUGGCAUAAAAAACACGGUCGUAAGUUGAGUGGUCGUAAGUCAAGCAGGUCGUAAGUCGGAUGGUAGGUGUAUUUUGACGUGCCGUAGGAGUGUAAGCAAGGUAACAUUUAUGAAGGGAUUCAGUGAAACCGGCAGACCAGACUUGAUGCCUGGAGAUGGGAUGUACAGUGCUGGCACUCUGAAGGAGGGGUGUUAAUGUUGCAGUUUUAUAACUGUAGUGUAAGCAUGCCUCUGGCAAGACAGUGAUGGAGUGAAUGAUAAUGAAAGUUUUUCUUUUUCGGGCCACCCUGCCUUGGUGGGAAGCGGCUGAUGUAUUAAUAAUAAUAAUAAAUAUAUAUUUGCUUUUUUUUCACGUGUUAUGCGUGAAUGUGUGUAUGCAUGUGUGCGAGUUCGCAUGUGAUUACUGCUUUACAGUUACCCAUGUCAUAAUUACUGCAGUUUGUAAUAUACUUUUUAAAGUUUUCAUAGGUUUUAAAAUUACUGUUUCUGUUUGAGUUUGCAAAGGAUGAACUCCUGAGCUAAGGUCUUUCUCUUACCUUUGAAUUUACUGAAGAGAUUUAGUUAUGUUUAAUUUAUUUUCAAAACUGCAUUCCAUCAGCCUGUUAUGUAAUUAUGUACAGUAUUUGUAAUAAUUUAUGUUGUUAAAGGGGUAGACUUAUAUUAGUAGUGUCUCAAUGCUUUUUUUAUUUUAAUUUAUCAUAUUGUACUUAUUUGGCAGUAGUUGUUGCAUACUACCUUCUAGAGCACACUCCACUCCAUAUACAUUUGCAAAUAAAUAAUUUAUCUUUUUACACUGUUUUUUUUUUUUUCAUAAUUUAUGUCCUCUGGUCCUCACUGUUGUCAGUCCUCCCCAAAUUUCAUUUUCUUUCAUCUUACAUUUAAGGCAAAUUAAUGGUUUGAGUUAUAUCUUCAUGCACACACAUGCAUGUGUAUUGUGGUUAUGAUCCAUACAUUUUUUGUGUGGCUGUGUUAUGUAUGUGUGUGUGUGUGUGUGUGUGUGUUUUGUAUUUGUGUAAAUGUUUUGUAGGUGUGUUUUAUCAUUUUUUAGUAUAGUAUAUGGCUUGUUUUAGGAAGAAUAUUGGUCAGCUACAUUACAGUAAGAAAAUACAGUAGAUGCACCUUUCUUUCUUUAGCUAUGUAUAUGUUAACUGGAGCUUCAUAUAGUAGUCUGCUACAUAUUUGCAUAAUUGGUAAAGUUACUGACUGUGUCAGGUAAAUGGCAUGAGCAGUUAAUGAGACAUUUGUUAUGGCUAUGUUUUGCUCUUCAAAAAUUUCAUCAAACUGUAAUUGGUUUGAUAAAGCUCAUGACAGGUGAGAUGUAGCUGUACUAAAUCUUCUCAUUAACUGCUUUAGUGUCCUUUUGCUUCAAAGUCUGCUGUUUACUCUUUUUUUUUGCCUUUACAGUGACUACUGUUUCUCUGUUUCUUAUUUGCUUGUUUUUUCUACAUUGUUUAUCCAUUGUUUAUACCUCUUCUCAUUCCAUCUGAGGCUAUUUUCAGUUAUAAAUUUUCUCGAUCCUCACGUGGUGACUGCUUUAUAUAGCUAAACUAAAUUUUAGAAUUCCACAGAUAUUUAAAAUUAAAAGUUGGAUUAGUUGUCCUGUGGAUUGAUAGGCAAUGUUCUCGCCUCACACACUGAGUGUCCUUGGUUCAAUCCCUGGCCAGGUGGAAACAUUGGAAGUGUUUCCUUACACCUGCUGUCCCUGUUCACCUAGCAGUAAUUAAGUACAGUACCUGAGUGUUAGCCGACUUGUGUGGGGUCACAUCCUAGAGAAGAUUAAAGGACCCCAAUGGAAAUAAGCUGCAGUCCUCAAAAAUUCACUGACUUUGAUUAUCCUGGAUGACUAACCUUUCGAAUUAAAAAUCUGAACAAAUCAUAUCUUAAAAGAUGUAGAUCAGCAUUGCAGAGGGAAAAACUAAAUUAUUACUGUUUUCUUUUACUACAUCAGAUGUGUAAUAAUUUUUUUAUUUGAAAAUCUCUAAAUGCAUGGGGGUGUCAUUCAACACUGCAUAUGAAAAGGCAUGACUAAUGAGAGUCGGCUAAAAAAAAAUAAGGUAAGACUUGGUGGAGCAUGGGUGUAAAAAUAGAGAAUAGAGAAUAUCCAAGCAUGUUUAGUAGGUCACUUUCUAUUAAUAAUUGAUAAAGUAAACCAUAACUGAGAAGAUAUGCACCUGACUUCAAGUAUAUCAUAGUAGUAUUACUAGAAAUAGAGACAUGGGUAGCAGAUAAUCAUUUUAAUAAGUUUUGCUAGGUUUAGUGCUUCAUUUUUUAUUGUAAUAAUGUUUCACCCAAAAUUGCACUUUAUCAGAUAUACAGGAAUGAGCAAAUACACGGAUCUACAAGACAAAUGAGCCUGAUGAAGUCAGGCUUUUAGAAAGACAGGUCACAAAUGAAGUCAUACAACUGUAAGAUUAGUAAAGAUGAGGUGAGGUAUUGGUGAGAGUAAGGGUGGGGUUAAGGUGACAAGUUUAUGUAUAUUAUACGAAUUGUGGAAACUGUAGGCAAUAGGUCCAGCCAGCUUGUACAUUCCAGUUUUUCUCAGUGGUAUUGAUGAAGUGGAUUAUUGCUGCUUCCAAAAUUUUGUAUCUGAAUGUGUCGUUCUCAUGGUGUAACAGAAGUGCUCUUCCUCAGUCCAUGAUGUGACGAGUUACCUGUGUGUUGUUGGCCUUAUCCCUCCUACAGAAAUAUUUUGGAAGCAGCGGUGAUCCACCUCACCAAUACCAUUGAACAAAAUAAUGGAAUGUACAUGUUGCCUGGAUCUAUUGCCCAUGAUUCAUAACAGUAAUAAACAUACUAAACUAACUUGUCACCUUGCCCCCACCCAUUACACUCACCAGUACCUAACUUGAUUUUGCGAUUUCAUAACCUCAUAUGUGACCUGUCUUUAUGUGAAACUGACCUCUUUAUGCCCAUUUGUCUUGCAAGGCAAAGAAGUUUAGUUUUGUACACGAUAAAAGUCCAGCCUUGGGCAAAACAUAUUAAAUAGAUUCUUUGCUAUCAUUGUCCUUAUUUCCACUUGUCAGCUUUUGCUAUUGUUUUGCAAAUUUGUUAAUAGCUUUGCAAAAUUAGCCCCUCAUGUUAUUUUUCUCUGAUAAAAUUCCUAGACCAGGUCAAAGCAUUAUUACUGCCAUUUGUACAUAGUCACACCUCAUUUCUCCAUAUUCUAUAUAACUAGAAACCCUAGUUUAACAAGUGAAUUAUAUCACUUACUAAACUAGGGCUUGAGUAAUAUUUAUGAAGGGAUUCAGGAAAACUGGUUGGCCAGAUUUGAGUCCUGAAGGUAGGAAUACAGUGCUUUAACUCUGAAGGAGGGACGAGUAUGUUGCUGAUCGAAGGGACAUCUGAACUGGGAUGUCGGCACACAUUUGGCAAGACAGCGAUCCAUUUCUUCAGGUCACCCUAUCUCUGCAAGAGAUGCUUGGUGUUUUAAAACAGAAGCUGUUAGUCCCAGCAAUUCUGGAUAUAUGGGUAUACUAUCUGUAUUAAUUUUUUUUUUUUUUUUCAUUUAUUUACAGAAAGUGCUAACCCCACCUUUUCUCAUAUUUAAAUUUAUUAUUUAUUUUCUAAAAUACGUUUACCCUACAGAACUAAUUUUAAAGCCAUCCAGUGCCACUAUACUAGCCUUUGUAAUUGUAAUGCAACAGAUCAUAUCCAUAGUUUAGUAUCGUAAAUAACUAAGAGAUGUGCCAUCUUAUCUACCAAAUCUUACCUUUCAGUGUUAAGUUUUAUAUUUGUCAGCAAGAUGCACGGGUAACUUUAAUCCUAUUCACUAUGUUUUAACACUCCCUCCUCCUUUGUCUGUCCUUUUAGUUUACAUUGCUCACUUUUAUGAUUUAUUUACACUACAGUUAACUGUAGUGUAAGCUCGCCUUUGGCAAGACAGUGAUGGAGCGAAUGGUGAAAAUUUUUCUUUUUUGGGCCACCCCACCUAGAUGGGAAAUGGCCUGUGUUAAUAAUAGAAAAUAAAAUUAACAGUACCCUAAUUUCAUGCAUUUUUAAAGCAAAAUUGUAUUUAAAAUGAUACCAUUUUUCCUGUCUCAUUAACAGCUAAUUCCAUAAAUAGUACUUAAAUAUACUGUACUGUGCCUAAAUAUAUUAUUGAAUAAACUCGUAUUAAACCAUAACUAGGUACAGUAUAUACUCGGUGUUAUUUACACUUUGUACAUGCAUUUUUAAUAUUAAAAAUAUUUCCUUAUGCCAUCCAUUUUUGAUGCAUUCUGAUAUUGCCCAGAUUAUAACAAUCUUUUUAUACUAAUUAAUAUAAAAAAAAAUCAAUAUUAGCUCCAAAUACACAUGUCCAUCCAUCCAUAUUUCCUCCAUGUUCUUCCUGUCAACAACAGAAUUGUAAAGUGCAAUUUAACCAGUAUUACUGGAGCCAAUGUACCAUAUUUAAUUCAUUAAAUUUUGUAAAUUACUGUAAUAACUUUUAAGCUUCAGCUGCUACAUCAUACAAGUCCAAGAAAGAUGUUAUAUUGUACUGUAAUUUGAUAUUUAAUUUGUGAGUGUUUGUCUUCCCAGUAUUAUUAUAUUUAGGGGGAAGCACUAAACCUAUAAGGAUCUUACAGUGCCUGGGGAAUAGUAGGCAAUCAAGUUUGAUCCAAGGAAGUGGAAGACAAGUCUAAUUCCUUGGAUCAACAGUCAACCAGCAUCAAGAAACCUCCCUUGAGGGAAUAUCUUUCCAGUAAAAUGUAUGUAUGUAUUGCAUAUUGAGGUUUUUCAUUUGGUUCAGUGCACUGGGUAAUCUUAACUUGUGUAUACCUGGUUUAGUAAAUAUAUCCCAAGUUUAACAAGCAUGUCAAAUAUGUAUUUCAUAAUAUACAAUGUAAAAAUUUUAAGCUUUAGUUCUCAUAGUAAAUAGAGAAGAAAAGUACUGGUAUGUAUAAAAGUGAGAAGUCAAAUUAACAUACAGAACUGUAUGUUGUAUCGAGUCUCCAUAAAAUAGAAAUUUAAGUUUCUGGUACAAAUAAUGACAGUUAAAAAUAUGUAAAGUGGGAUACUCCUGUUAAUUCCCUGAUAAUCAUAUCUAUUCUGCCAUACUUUGUUGUUGGCCUUACAGAAAAAUACUUGAAUUAAUAAAGCUUGGAAUGUUUGAAUAAAUACAAUAAAUGAUGGUUAGUGAGCUUGUACACUAUUACAAGUGUGUGUGUUGUGUUUACUCACCUAUAUGUGGUUGCAGGGGUCAAGUCAUAGCUCCUGGCCCCACUUCUUCACUGGUUGCUACUAGGUUCACUCCUGGCUCCAAGAGCCUUAUCAUACCUCUUCUUAAAGCUAUGUAUGGAUUCCACCUCUACUACACUCUCGGGUAGAGCAUGCAUGUGUGUGUUUGUGGUUGCAGGGGUCCAGUCACAGCUCUUGGCCCCUUGUGUGUGAGCAUGGGUAUGUGUAAGCAUGUGUGUGAGUGCAUGAGUAUUGUUUUUGCAGAGGUUGAGUCACAGCUGUGUGAAUGGAGAGAGUGUGAGCAAGUGAGUGAGAGUAUGUGAGUGAGUCUGUAAAUUAUCUCAAAAGUAUUAAUUACUGUUGACAUUUAAGGAUACUACAUUUUUUCAUAGGAUAAGGUAAAUGGAAUUUGUGAUUGCCAUAUGUACUAAUAUAAUCAUUCCUUAAUCCUAUACUAUGGAUUAUGUAAAUAAUUGUACAGAUAAUUCAGUAACAGUUUUGAAUGGGCUCGAGAGUAAUGUUUGGCAUUUAGCUCGCAUUCUGUACAUUGUAGUUGCAGCAAUAUUUUCUCCAAGCUUUAUCAUCUAGUGUAAGGUCUAUCUAGUCAGAAGCAUUUUGUGCUCUGAACCAAAGUAUUCACACAUGUUUUAUAUCAGGGUAAUGUCUGUCACUUGAAUGCAAGAUUGAGCCCAGCUCUGAACCAAAUUAUAUUUUUGUUUUGAAUUAAAAUUAUAUUUUAGAAUAUAACCUUGGGUAGUAAUUUUGUGUUUUUGCCAAAGAUUACAUUGUGUUCUGAAGCAGUACAGUAACAUUAACAAGAGUUUAAUAUUAUAAUGAGAACAUAGUAAAUGUCUGUACUUACA